AUGGCUCAACGACACACUUUCCAACAGGAAUACCAAUGUCUGCAGUCCAAGCAGCCGCUUCCUUCCUCAAGUUCAAUCCGAAAUUUGAACCCUUUCCUCGAUGGCAAGGGGAUUCUACGGGCCUGUGGGCGUCUGAGGGCGUCCCACUCGCUGCGUUACGAUGAGAGUCAUCCAAUCAUCCUCUCGUAUUCCUCGUCCUUUGCACGACUACUGGUUCGUUUCACCCAUCGUAUAUCCUUACAUGGGGGUAACCAAGUCGUCAUGCGGCUGAUCCGUUCCAGAUUCUGGAUUCCAAAGUUGAAGGUCCUCGUUAAAUCCACCAUCAACUCCUGCAAGGUUUGCGUCAUCUACAAGAAGAGAUUGCAGACCCAAAUGAUGGGGAACUUGCCCAAGGAAAGGGCGUCCUACUCGAGACCGUUCACGCACACUGGAGUCGACUUCGCCGGCCCAUUCGAAAUAAAGAACUACACUGGCCGAGCCUGCCUUAUCACCAAAGGAUAUGUCUGCGUCUUCGUGUGCUUCAGCACGAAGGCGAUCCACUUGGAGGCAACAUCGGAUCUCACGACGGAGAAAUUCCUGGCCGCAUUCUCCCGUUUCAUCGCACGGCGCGGGUGUCCACACCAAAUGUACUCGGACAACGGGAAAACCUUCGUUGGAGCUGACAAAGUGAUCUCCAACGACUUCUUGGAAGCGACGAGGGAGUGCAUUAUCGCACAACACGCCCACAAGAGCCUAUCCUGGCACUUCAACCCGCCGGGCGCCCCGCAUAUGGAGUUGUCCACUCUUCUCGCUAAGAUCGAAGCCUGCCUGAACUCAAGGCCGAUUUCCCCUAUGUCCGAGGAUCCUGCGGACUUACUAGCGCUCACUCCUGGCCAUUUCCUCAUAGGUGGCCCUCUUAUUUCGGUGUUGGAACCACCAAUUAAUCAACCGGCCACCUCCAUCCUCAACCGAUGGCAGCGACUGAAGGCUCUUCACCAACAAUUUUGUUUCCGUUGGAAAGAUGAGUACCUGAAGGAGCUGCACAAACGGACGAAAUGGCAAUCCCCUACCCGGAACCUUCGGAUCGGUGACAUGGUCGUCAUAAAGGAAGACAACCUCCCCUCUAACGAGUGGCGCCUAGGACGGGUGCUGACGACGUGUCCAGGCACCGACGCCAAGGUCCGAGUGGUAGAUGUGCUCACGGCGCGGGGUACCAUCCGAAGACCCGUUGCCAAACUUAUCCUACUCCCGAUGGACAGCAAGACUGACCCCUCCACGUCAGAAGGACUGAAGGACGAAUAA